CUCGGGCCCCGCCACGAGCUGCAAAGCCCCUCCCUCCGCGGCCGCCGCCACGAGCCCACGGCUCUCGCUUCUCAUCUCACCUGCUCGCAAUGGCGAGCAAGAAGAGCUCGACGCAGGCGUCUCCCAUGGCCGCCGCCGCCGCCAGCCUUCUCCUCGGUCUCCUCCUCGUCCUCCCCGUGCCAGCCGUCUCGUCGUCGGACGCGGAGGAGGCGGUGGUCUCCCGGUUCCGGGAGUACCUCCGCAUCGACACGGCGCAGCCGGCGCCGGACUACGCCGCGGCGGUGGCGUUCCUCCGGGGGCAGGCCGGCGCCGCGGGGCUCGAGGCGCGCACGCUCGAGCUCGUCGCCGGCAAGCCCCUGCUGCUGCUCCGGUGGCCCGGGCGGCGCCCGUCGCUCCCUUCGCUGCUCCUCAACUCCCACACCGACGUCGUGCCGUCGGAGCCGCACAAGUGGGACCACCCGCCCUUCUCCGCCGCCCUCGACGAGGCAUCCGGCCGCAUCUACGCGCGUGGCUCCCAGGACAUGAAGUGCGUGGGGAUGCAGUACCUUGAAGCCAUCCGCCGUCUUCGUAGUGCAGGCUUUAUCCCAGAUCGGAAUAUCUAUCUUACAUUUGUUCCAGAUGAAGAAAUUGGUGGGCAUGAGGGUAUAGAAGCAUUUGUUGCAUCAAAGGAGUUCAAAGACAUGAAUGUAGGUUUGGUUCUCGAUGAAGGGCUUGCAUCACCUGGGGAGGAGUACCGCGUGUUCUAUGGGGAGCGUAGUCCUUGGUGGCUUACUAUUAAAGCUAAAGGAGCCCCAGGGCAUGGUGCAAAGCUGUAUGAUGGUAGCGCAAUGGAGAAUUUGAUGAAGAGUGUGGAAGCAAUUAGGAGGUUCAGAACAUCACAGUUUGAUUUGGUCAAGUCCGGAGCAAAGGCUGAAGGGGAUGUUGUAUCAGUGAAUUUUGCAUACUUGAAGGCUGGCACACCGACACCAACGGGUUUUGUCAUGAAUCUACAACCAUCUGAAGCAGAGAUAGGUCUAGACAUCCGACUCCCUCCUAGUGUUCAUACUGAGGCUCUAGAGAAGCGUCUUGCUGAAGAAUGGGCACCUUCUUCACGCAACUUGACAUUUGAGUUCAAACAAAAGACCUCUGUACUUGACAACUUUGGCAAGCCAGCCGUCACCCCUGCUGAUAGCUCAAAUGUAUGGUGGGCUCUAUUUGAAGAGGCUGUGAAGAGAGCCGGUGGCAAACUUGGUAAGCCGGAAAUAUUCCCGGCCUCUACUGAUGCUCGUUACUUUCGGGUGCUUGGGAUACCAGCAUUUGGUUUUUCUCCAAUGACAAACACACCGAUAUUGCUCCAUGAUCACAAUGAGUUUCUGAGCAAAGAUGAGUACCUCAAAGGGAUUGGGAUAUACGAGUCUAUCAUCAGGACAUUGGCCACUCUUAAGGACAGCAAUGUCGACUACGAAUCCAGGGCAGAGCUAUGAAGAAAAUGUUUAGGCAAAACCUGAUACUGCCAUAAUUCUUGCAAUCAGAUGGAGCACAGAAACAUGUUUCGGCAAAUCAACUGUGUUUUCUUACUGCUCCUAGGGUGGAAUCGAAACUUCGAACACGAUCGUUGUAAAUUUUCAUUGAAACCUGUUUAGAUUUUAGAAUAAAUUGAUCCUGCAUUUGCAGUUAACCUGUAUGCUUUUCGCAACUGCUGGUGCUGCUUGAUGCAUCAUUGGCUCACUGCUGUAAAAAGAAUAAGAAAAGUAAACCCACGCAAUGCAAUGCAUGCUGUGUCAGAAUGCACUUGUUUAUGCC